AAAUUGACGUUUAGAAUGAAAUCCAAAUCCUAAUAUCCCGCACUGGAACAAUGCACUUUUUCUUUUGCUUUUUUAGGGCAUAUAUUCACCGCUCACUCUCAUUUGUGAGAAAGAGAGAGAGUCCCAUUUAUAGAUAUCAACCACCUAAGACUCCUUCAUCAAACAUAAACAUUCUUUCUCACUCCAAACUCUCUCUCUAGAUCUUUUUCGUAAUAUGGCUGAGGUCCAAGACAGCAACAGUUCAUCAGGGAUCAAGUUAUUUGGUGCAACGAUUGCAGUGCAGGAGAAUGAUCAUCGUGGGAAGGAUGACGAUCAUGCAAAAAAAGGAGAUCUAUCGGUAGAGAAAAGGCCAGACAAGAUCCUCCCAUGCCCCAGAUGCAAAAGCAUGGAAACAAAAUUUUGUUACUUCAAUAACUACAAUGUUAAUCAGCCAAGACACUUUUGUAAAGGCUGCCAAAGGUACUGGACCGCAGGAGGGGCCCUCCGGAAUGUCCCCGUCGGUGCCGGUCGCCGGAAAGCUAAGCCACCGUGCCAGGGUCUGUUACCUGAAAGUUGCUUGUUUGAUGCUUCUGGGAUGCAAGUGCAACAGAUGGAGUUUGAUUACACGGUUGUGGAGCAGUGGCAAGUGGAGGAGCACGGCGGUUUCCUGCAUCGUUUUCCGGCGAGCAAGAGGAGAAAUACCUCUAAUAGUCAAACUUGUUGAUGAAUGAUCUUCUUCUUUGUCUUGUAGUUGGAUGGGAAAAAAAAAUAUUUCUAGUUGCCCAAUCUUCUUGACUUGUAUACAAUUUGUCCUAAUUAAAAUAUUUAAAGAAUUAAUCCAUGAUUAGAUGAACCAUACAA